AUGCCAGAUCAACAAACCUCGAAGCCAAAGCUAGACUCAACGAACCCAUAUGCGGCCCUAAUCACCUCCCAAGAAGUCGCCGUCAUCCCCGAAUACGCCCUCGAGUCCGGCGUAACCCUCACAAACUUUCACGUCGCCUACAAAACCUGGGGCAAACUAUCCGACAACGCGGAUAAUGUCAUGAUCAUCUGUCAUGCACUCACCGGCUCCGCAGACGUCGAGGACUGGUGGGGACCCCUCAUCGGACCUGGCCGCGCGUUCGAUACGAGUCGGUUCUUCAUUUUUUGUGCGAAUAGUUUGGGGAGUCCCUAUGGGAGUUGUAGCCCGACAACGACGAAUCCGGAGACGGGGCAGCAUUUUGGGCCGGAGUUUCCGUUAGUGACGGUUAGAGACGACGUCAAUAUCCACAAGAUUGUCCUCGACGACCUAGGGGUGAAGCAAGUCGCCUUGGUAGUGGGCGGUUCCAUGGGCGGCAUGCUCUGCCUGGAAUGGGCCUACUUCGGUCUCGAUUACGUCCGCGCCGUUGUUCCCAUGGCCACCUCAGCACGACAUUCAGCAUGGUGUAUCUCCUGGGGCGAGGCACAAAGACAGAGCAUCUACAGCGACCCGAAAUACGAAGACGGGUACUACUCUUACGACGACCCACCAAUAGCUGGACUCGGUGCUGCACGGAUGUCUGCACUUCUCACAUACCGCUCGCGUAACUCUUUCGAGUCGAGGUUCGGGCGUACGACGCCUGAUCCGUCGAAGCAGCCGUAUCCUAACGCUCUACCGAAGACACCGAGCGAGGAACAUUGGGCAAUCCAUAACGAGGGAAACCGUAGACGCAACGACCAACCACGGCGCCGCUCAAACACCCCCGACUCGCAAACCUCACAAGGCGACUCCUCGGUCAGAAAAACAAGUAACCAGAGCCGCGCACCGACCUACUUCAACGCGCAAAGCUACCUUCGGUACCAAGCACAGAAAUUCGUGAAGCGAUUCGAUGCGAACUGUUAUAUCGCCAUCACGAGGAAGUUGGAUACACACGACGUGAGCCGCGGACGAGCAGACGACGUCAAAUCUGCCCUCGCUCUGCUGCAGCAACCAGCCUUGGUGAUCGGUAUCGAGAGUGACGGACUCUUCACAUUUGCCGAACAACAGGAAAUCGCGGAAUACAUGCCAAACGCAGUCCUCUCCCGUAUCGAAUCACCCGAAGGCCACGACGGAUUCCUGCUCGAGUUCGACCAAGUCAACAGGCAGGUGUUGGAGUUCAUGAACAAGCACUUGCCGGAUAUUAUGCAGAGGGAGGGUGUGAUGCCUGAUGAUGUGCCGAGUGUUGUUGAUUCGGCGAAGAAGGCAAGCGUGUUUGGAGAGGCGGAGGGGGAUUUGGUGGUUGAGGAUAUUACGACGUGGUAA